GAUCAAGAAGAAUCAUGAUUGAGAGAAUCUGUGGAUGGCUACCAGUUUUCCUCUUGGCACUGCAUUACCAAGUCUUCAAGUGACACACAUCUCUUGGUGCCAUAGCACAUGGAUUUCAGGACUGCAUGUGAAGAGACAAAGACAGGGAUUUGUUUGCUGCAGGAUGGUAACCAGGAGCCUUUCAAAGUGCGGUUGCACUUAGCCAAAGAUAUUUUGACAAUUCAAGAACAAGACGUAAUCUGUGUGUCUGGUGAACCUUUUUAUUCUGGUGAAAGGACUGUAACUAUUAGAAGACAGACAGUAGGAGGAUUUGGAUUAAGUAUAAAGGGAGGAGCAGAGCAUAAUAUUCCAGUGGUCAUUUCCAAAAUUUCCAAAGAGCAACGAGCGGAACUCUCAGGCUUGCUGUUCAUAGGAGAUGCAAUUCUACAGAUUAAUGGAAUUAAUGUAAGGAAAUGCAGGCAUGAAGAAGUGGUCCAGGUUCUUCGGAAUGCUGGAGAAGAGGUGACCUUAACUGUGUCCUUUCUCAAAAGGGCGCCUGCAUUUCUUAAACUGCCCCUCAAUGAGGACUGUGCGUGCAUUCCUAGUGAUCAAAGUAGUGGCACAUCAUCACCCCUGUGUGACAGUGGUUUACAUCUUAACUACCAUCCCAAUAAUACGGACACACUUUCAUGUUCUUCAUGGCCUACAUCUCCAGGGCUUAGGUGGGAGAAAAGAUGGUGUGACCUCCGAUUAAUCCCACUUCUUCACUCCCGGUUCUCCCAAUAUCUCCCAGGAUCAGAUAUGUGCAGGUGUGAAACUAAAAAUUUAGAGCUACAUACUGUAUAUGACAACACUGAACAUCAGUUAAUACUGAUUCAUUACAAUUACAAACUCCACUGGUGCAUUGGUCCUUUGUCCCCUGAGGGAAAUGAUAUUCUUUUGAAAAAAGAUAUUAAAAAAAUCAAUAGAAAUUUUCCCGUAAACCAGCAGAUAGUCUACAUGGGCUGGACAGAAGAACGGGAACAAGAUUCUCUUCAGGACCGAAUGUAUACACCAAAGUUCCUAGCACUGAGAGGUUCUUCACUUUAUAAAUUUAUAGCACCUCCAGUUACCACGUGGGACUGGACACGAGCUGAAAGAACAUUUUCUGUGUAUGAGAUCAUGUACAAGAUACUCAAGGAUAGUGACCUAUUGGAUCGGCGAAAACAUUGCUUUGGUGUCCAGUCCGAAACAGGAGAGGAUCUCUACUUUUCUGUGGAAUUAGAAAGUGACCUCUUACUAUGGGAAAAGGCCUUCCAUUCAGCAACAUUUUUAGAAGUGGAACGAAUACAGUGCAAGACAUAUGCCUGUGUUCUGGAGAGUCAUCUGAUGGGGCUUACCAUAGAUUUUGGCAUGGGCUUUGUAUGCUUUGAUGCUGCAACAAAGGCUGUACUAUGGCGGUACAAAUUUUCCCAGCUUAAAGGGUCUUCAGAUGAUGGCAAGAGCAAGAUCAAAUUUUUAUUCCAAAAUCCAGAUACGAAGCAGAUAGAAGCAAAGGAGUUGGAAUUUUCCAAUCUAUUUGCAGUCCUACAUUGUAUCCACUCAUUCUUUGCUGCCAAGGUGGCAUGUUUGGACCCACAGUAUGUUAGCAGUCAAGCGACAGCUUCUGUUGGUACUUCUGCUGCCUCUGCUACUACUACUUCUGCUGCUGCUGCUGGAACUGCUGCCAUUGCGACAUCUUCUGGCAGUAGCAAAUUAAAGUAUACGACUUGAUAUCUCCCAUUUUUGCACUUACCACUUUUCGGGGAGUACAGAUAACUAGGCAUAAAUACUUAUCAGACUAGUUCCUCAGAGAACAGCAAGCACGAGAACUGACUCAAGAAACAAGUGGCACUUCUCAGCAGAAUGUGGUCACAGGGGAUCCUGAAUUAAAUCUGUUUCACAAGGCAUCAGUACACAGUCCAAACAGAAAUAGAUGAUUAUGUUUUUACACAAGCAAAUGAGAGUGGAAACAAAAGAAACAAAAAUGAAUAACUGACCAAGCAUUGCACUUAAGUAUUUAACACACUUUUCAACUCUCCAUAAUGAUAAGAGAACUGAAAUGAACUGUCAUUUUCUUGUCUCUGUUUUCUAAUGACAACUUAUUGUGCUCUGGAUUUAAAAUAACAUCCUCUUGUUAAUCAACAACAGAAGGGCGACCAAGAGGCUUACACCAUGGAGCAACAAGGAAGUGACAUUGGAAAGAAGCUACUGUAUCUGUUUUGAAAGAAAGCACCUUAAGUACUGUUGCAAAUCCAUAUUUGUGCCAUUUUGAAAUAGAGUCAUGCUCAUUCUUAAAUUUGCUUUCAUCACAUUAUUGUAGUGAUCAAAGUAUAGCCAUAUUAGGCCAAUGUUUUUGUAGGGGAGUGCAGGAAGAAAUAUACACAUAAGUAAGCCAUCUGCUAUUUGAGCCUAUAAUACUUAAGCCGUUCAGGCUUUGUUCUCACAAAGUCCACAUAAAGUGGAAAUCCUGUGCCACUUCACAGUGCUGGUGGAUGUCCCUUGUUCUUCCACCAAUAUAAAAACAAACCUUUUACAGAUACAAUAUUAAAAAUCUAGAAUGAAUGGUUAUAGUUAGCAUUCCCCCUAAAAUGCUUGAAUUUCUCUGUCUGAAUGUUUUAUUUUGUUUUUAUAGGAAAGUGUUCUGUCAUAGUUUACCUUCAUGUGCAGUCUGAGGGGAUAAAGCCACAUAAGCUUACUCUGUGACCUCCUUCUGGCAAACAACUAGGCCUUUAAUCUAGAGUAGUUCCAUUGAUCUCAUAGACUACACAGAGGUCAUAGCAUGAGAAUCAUGGGAUUAAAUCCUAAGCAAAAAUCUUUCUAGAUACCAGUUGUGUGCUGUUAUUGAAAACCUGUCAAAAUAUGGAAGAAUUUUAAUUAUGAAUGAAUUAGAAAACAAUAUUGCACCAGUUUGGUGAGGGGUAAGAUUUGGCACUGUCACUCCUCUCAUGGAACUAUACCAACAGUGGAACUGAGGAGUGGAUCAUCCUUCUUCUUCCCUGAAGCCCCAUGCAGGCCUUCAAAACUUAAUUUAGAGAUCUGAGAAACCCUCCAGAACAAGUUCAGUGGGAUGCAGGGAGUGGAAAAGAAAUUCCAAUCAUGUGAGUGGACAUCCACUAGUGUGAUAUUGAAUUUCUUUAUUUGGUUUUCUUUUUUUAUUAAAAUGUCAUUUACACUACCAAUCUUUUGCCUCUCAAAUUCCAACUGUGCUAUUUUGUGAAUGGCACAAUAAAGGUUCUAUAAGCGUCCAUGCUUAAAUCUGGUUUUCAUUUUACCAAAAGGAGACCCAGAAAAAACUCUCAUUUACAUGUGUGCAUUUCAUUUGUAUUUUAUCUCGACUCAGCCAUGGAAACCCCCUGGAUGAC